CUACGAUGCCGCUAAAACAACAACAAUUUUCCUACUCUUUUCAGUAUUUUUGACAUUUAGAAGCAGGAACAGAGACAUAUUGUACAGGAGAAUAUUGAUCUGGAUUCCUGUGAAUUUGUCAGUUGUUAAAAAUGAGGAGUGAUGUCGAGGCAGGUCAGUGUAUAGUGCACUGCUGUUUGAGGAAUGAUUUCUAUAUGUUGCGUGAUCUUCUCGAUGAAGGUGGAGACCCUAACACCCGUGAUAGACGGGGUCGAACAGGUCUUCACAUCGCUGCAUCGAAGAAUGAUACUGAGAUGAUGCAGGUGUUGUUAGACCAUAAUGCAGAGUUGAAUGUGCUAGACUGCCAAGGGAAUACUGUUAUGCAUUACUGUGGACAUGAGGAGAGCAUACAACUUCUGGUGGAUUACGCUGCUGGUUCCCAGGUCCAUAUGAAGAACUUUGGGGGUGCCACACCUGUUACUCUAGCCAAACGAAGAGGAAUAUCUGACCACAUAAUUGAAAUAUUAGAGAAUUUAAAAAACACAAGUGAACCAAUUCCUGAUAAACGUUACUUUCCUCCACCCGCAGCUCCAGUGGCGCCACCUAGACUUGAACUUCCAGCUCAUCCAGAGCCUGAAGAUCAAGCAGAUCCGCCUAGUGCUUUUGACAAUAUAAAAAAUGCGUGGUUUGAAUUCUGUACAGACUUAGGACCAGAGAAGUUGGCAUGUUUAUUAGUACUGGCAGUGUUUGUGUCGCUGUAUGUCGCAUAUGCUGUAUCAACAUAUUCUAAAAGACUUGUGCAAGAUACAAGAAUUCCUGUUCCUGUAUCGGAUGAUAAUUUCAGUGAACAUAUAGAGCUUUGAAUAUUAUUAAAUUUAAUAGAGAGGGGUACAUUUUUUGUAAUUCUGUGAUGUAGGAAAUGUUGUGCAUUUGACAUGAAGAUUUUCAAUUCAAUUAUAUACCAGUCCAGACAAUCUACCUUCAAAUUACUGGGUGUCCCAAAAAAUUAUACCCAAUUGAAACAGGAAUAUCUCUUUUUUCCUUCAUCGAAAAAAGCUGAACUUUUAACAUGGUAAAGAGAAUCCAUUUUUUAAUAAGCAGUAAAAAGUUUAUAGGGAAUAUUACUUACUGAGAACUUCUAGAGACAUUUUAGAAGACAAUUAUACUCAAAAUGAUCUCCAUCAUGAUUGUUGACGAGCAUGUGAACAUUAUUCCAAACAUGAGAAAUAAUAUAAUUAUAACUUUCGGGACACCCAGUAAUUAAUAUAUAAUAGCCUGAUGUGAUCAAAGUUUUAUUUAUAACAGUAAUGGCUGUGCCUGUAUCACCAUAAUUCUUGUUAUUAUCUCACAGUGUCUAACUACGAUAUAUUAUAAAACAAGUAUUUACAGUUAACAAUUUUAACAUUUUAAAACAUAUUACGAGAGUUUCUCGUAAUGACACCAUGCAAAGUAAGGCUUAAUUCCAGGUAUGUUGCUCUCAAAUAAAUGCCCAUGGGCAGUUUAUAUCUUAGGUCCAUCAAUACAAGAAACUCUAGUGGUUUGUUUCCUAAUGUUGCUUUUAGGGAGCUCAACGUGAAAGUAGCGACUUUAGCAUAUACAGUGCGACCAAACUGAGGAGAAUUCUGUUUUGGGGUAAUAGCAAAAUUUGUGUGUGUGAUCCCAUCAUUUAUACCCCAUUAUUUAUAUUUCAAACCAAAAAAUGGUUGCAUGACUGGAAAUUGCAAAGCAUAGAUGCAUUUAUUUGACCAGAAGUAAUUUGGAAUUUGAAAUUGUACUGCUGUUAGUUUUUUGGCUCACAUGGAAUUGCCCACUUGUCAGUCAGUCUGCUAGUGAGCCAUGUUUGGCUAAUAGAUCUAUUUAAUGGUGGUUCAUACUAAUAAUUUACACCAUAAGUCCUGGCUUUGUUUGCCUUGUUUUGAAGAAAUCAGCUUUUCACCAUGUGAGGCUAAAAGGUGCCAUUUUUGAAG